UGGCCUCGUGCUGACCACGCCCCUCCCGGCGCCGUCCCGGCCCGCGGUGGGCGUGGCGCGGGAGGCGGAAGCGGAGCCCGUGCGGAGCGUGGGGGGAACCGAGCCCCGGGGGGAGCGGAGCGGGGCCGGGCCGGGCCGGGGGGUCUCACCCCGCUGCACCCGCAGGAUGUGCGCGGGCUCGGCGCUGCGGGAGGAGUACCGGCGCUGCCUGGAGCGGGAGUUCCGCCGGGGCCGCGCCGGGGCCUGCUCCGACCCUUCCUUGGCGGAGAGGCUGCGGCAGCGGCUGGAGCUGGAGCCGGCGCUGCUGGGGGCCCUGCAGGAGGACGGCCCGGCCCUGCUGGCUAGCGGGCUGCGGGGCCGUUCGGACCUGGGGCCGGCGCUGCAGGGCCUGGCCGUCGCCUUCCAGCUGCUGGAGCUGGCCGCCGUCAACCUCUACCUCUUCCCCUGGCGCAGGGAGUUCGGCACCCUCCAGACCUUCUCCGGCGCCUAUGUGCACUGGCUGCGCCCGGCGCUCCCCGAAGCCGACCUGCUGCGGAGCUUUGGCCGGCUGGGCUACGAACGGCGUGACCCGCACCGCCUGACCGUCUCCCGGCUGCCCCCGGGGCCUGAGCUGGUGGCCACCGCCUGUGGCUUCUUCGCCUGCCGGUUGGAGUGCGAGAUCCUGGGGGAGGUGGUGAGGAGGCUGCAGCCCCGCCAUCUACAUCCCGAGGAGCUGCUGGAGGCACGGGGGCUGGCUGGGAACGUGGAGGCCUGCGUGGAGAUGCUGCGGCACCGAGAGGCGGCUGGCGGUGGCAACAACGAUGGCAUGGAUCUCUACCAGGAGAUGCCAGCUGGCCCAGAGGACACGAGGCGAGAGGACAUAGCCGCCCCAGUGCUUUGGAGGGACCCUGGUAGCCCACAGGGUGCUCAGGAUGUGCCCAGAGGGGGCUGGGACAGCUGCAGAGACAGCAGGAGCGGGCAGGAGCCGGUGCCCCCCACAAGCAACCCCAACCUGGACACUUCCUCCUCCUCUCGCCUCUUCCUGGAGGAGGAGCUCGGUGGGGCCAGCAGCUCACUCUCUGCUUUAGCCUUGGGGAGCAGAAGACCCCAGGUGCUGGGGGAACCCCAAGAUUUGCCCCCCACCGCCCCCCAGGAAGCCCCCGAGCUGCCCUGCUACCAGCUGCACUCUUGCCUGCGCCGAGGGGGGCUGCCCUCCUACUGCUGCACGACCUGCCAGCAGCUCCACGCCGGCGCCUGCGCGGCCGGGCAGGCCUGCCGCAGCCACCACCGCGGGCAGGAGCUGCGCAGCGAGAGGCAGCAGCGGCUCUGGCUGCAGCGGACAGAGGUGGACAUGCUGCUGGCCGACGGCUCCAGCCCCAGGUCCUAGCACCCCUGAGGGUUCUGCUGCUGGCUGCACCUCUGCCCCUGGGGCUGGAAGGGAAGGGGGACAGCCACAGCCAGCCCCCGAAGGACACUGAACUCGCCCCGCCGGGGGGCAGUGGGACAUGUGCCACGCACUUGCUUCUCCACCGGGGUGGUAGGAGCUUGUUGGGCUCCUCCUGCUCCGGCCCCAGCGUUCCUGCUGUAAACAGCUUGGUGCAUCUCAGUAAAGCGCGGCUGCCUGGCA